AUGCUUGUUACUCCCCGUGUCUAUCAACUAUCCCAACUCCCAAAUAACGGCUCACACGCGUCGUCAUCCUACCACCCUAACUUCCAUUCCCUGACUUCCUGGGACGUUGGGCCGGCGGAAUACAAACGCGCCGCUGAUAUGCUGCUGGUCCACCAGAUUGGCAGCGUCCGCAUAGGCGAAGUUGUCCGGUUUACUCUUACAUACACCCCUUCCGCGGAUCAUAUCCGCCCCACCCCUACGGAGCUCUUUGUCAAAGCUAGAAAUACAUCCGCGAUCCCUCUGCGUGCAGCUUACUUACAUGGGCCGUACACUCUGUAUACCUCCUGUUACCCUGCGUCUUUCAACCCCAACCAGAAAUACGAGGACUAUGAAACCCGUGGCGUCCCACAAUUUGAACCAAAUCUAAAGGCUGGUGGGUCCUUUAACGCUGUAAUCUCGGUGCCGGAGAGACCUGCAGAUUUACCAGGCCCGCGGUCGUCGCUUGAAGUGGAUCCGUAUAGCGUGACUUGGAUAAUCGAAAUUGCAUCGCAGGUGAUUUUUUCAACCAGCGCUGCUGUGAACUUCGAGGUCCUUGUCGGGAGGGAUUUGAAAUCUUUGGAAUUAGGGGCGGGAAACUCGACCGUCUUGUCUGCUCCUGGCCAUGUUCGCGAGCUCUCCAAGCGUGGCUCAAAGGGACCCCUUGAGAAAUCCUCGGGGCUAGUGAAGGGAGUAUACUCAAGCGCCAUCAACUUGGUCGUUGAUGAUACCGCUAGCCUUUGGAACACCCCGCGUUUUCCGUCUUGGACUGAAAAGGAAGACCUUCGGAACCUGGAGAUGGCGCAAACGGACGUAGCCAGGGAAGCCCAUGAAGCUGCUGAAAGCCAAUCUAUCAAAGAACAAGGAACCCAAAAGAAGCAGAAAAAGGUACAUUUCGUCAUCUUAACACAUGGACUACACAGCAACCUCGGGGCGGACAUGCUAUAUCUUAAAGAGAGUAUAGACGCCGCUUCUGAAAAGGCACGGGAAGAUGCACGGAAGCAACGGAAUAAGGCUAGGGAUGCUCAGUCCGGACCGCCAACAGACUCAGACCACCCAUGUCUCCCCGAUUCGCUCUCAGAGGAUAAUACCCGCACCGGCUCAGAAGAAGAUGACGAAGACUAUGAUGAACAUGUUAUUGUUCGAGGGUUUCCAGGUAACGCUGUUCGCACUGAAAGAGGUAUUCAGUAUCUGGGUAAACGGCUUGCAAAAUAUGUCCUCCUCAUGACAUACCCUGACCAGCCGUACCUCCCUGUCAAAGAAUCACAUCGGAAAUAUCGAGCAUUUACCAGCCACAAAGAUUCAAUGCAUCCUGGCCAUGCGUCUCAUUCUGGAAGCACAAUCUAUCGCCAGGACCCUAAGAACUCAGAUUAUCCUUACAAAAUCACAAGUAUCAGCUUCAUAGGUCAUUCCCUUGGCGGUCUCGUUCAAACAUAUGCCGUUGCUUACAUUCAAAAACACUCUCCCGAGUUCUUUGACAGAAUCAAACCUAUUAAUUUUGUGGCGCUUGCAUCCCCAUUUCUCGGCCUUAGUAACGAAAACCCAAUAUAUGUCCGGUUCGCUUUGGAUUUUGGCCUAGUUGGCCGGACUGGCCAAGACCUUGGUCUUUCUUGGACUGCACCAACGAGAGUACGAAGUGGAUGGGGCGCGAUGAUCGGAGGCUUGGGAAACGGCUCCUCUAAUUCCCAUAAUCAACCAGAUCCCAAGUCAAAGCCUCUGCUGAGGAUACUUCCAACCGGCCCCGCUCAUGUAGUGCUGAAGAAAUUCCGCAAUCGUACAGUAUACUCGAAUGUCGUGAAUGAUGGAAUUGUUCCAUUACGAACGUCAUGUCUUCUUUUCCUUGAUUGGAGGGGUCUUGAUCGUGUUGAAAAGGCUAGACGGGAAAAUGGUCUUGUGGGAACCAUGGCAGAAUGGGGGUGGGCUGAAAUUACUGGUGCCAACGUUAAUACUAAUUCAAUGCGUUCAACGAAGCCAAUGGCAAAUGCUGGCAGUGGUGAUAGUGAGCCCCCACGAGAGAGGAGUGGCAAGUCGACCACACCCAUAUCACCGAAAAUUCGAGAAAGUGAACUGCUACUAGCCCAUAGUGAUCCCCUGGAAGGCCAAGGUGAAGGACUCGAGAAUUCUCCAGAACUUCCGAAGCCAUCCCAGUUUUUCAACAUGUCAGACAUCACGGGAUCCUCACUUGGGUUGAAACUCGUGAACCAUAUUUCUCCUCCUUCUCAGGGUCCUUGGGCCAGUUUCCUUUCUCUAUUUAGACCACAUGGGAAAAACAACCGCAAUACCAGGGGCACAAAAAUCUAUAAACGGAGUCAGACUGUUUGCAAAGAUGAUUCGCCCGAAGCCUCAUGGACAGAUAGACCAUCCGAGUCACCCCGCAGUGGAUUGGUCAGAGGCGAUUCUUUAUACCAGGAGGAAAAUCUCCAUGCGCCACCAAAGACUACAUUUCUAGAAGCAGCCGGUGAUGUGCUCAAACCCCCAAUACCAUCUGCAGAUUUCAUCCUUGAUCCUUCAACACGUCCGCGAACUAUCUUCCACGAUCGUGUGUACCAUCCAUCGGAUAUCCCUCCGCCCCCCCGUGUCAGAAACCGCAGUUUUUUCUCCUCUUCCAGCGUCACCAAUCUUCCCUCACCCGCCGAAAACCCCAAAUCUCCAGACCAACCCAACAGCCCAACAGUCAAACCGACCUCGGAUUCUUUCUUCUCUUCAAGCAGUGGCAUGAAAGUCGAGGAGAAAAUUGCCCGUGCCUACCACAAGGACUUAUCCUGGCGCAAAGUCCUCGUCCGCCUAGAGCCUGACGCGCACAAUAACAUCAUAGUCCGCCGCAUGUUUGCAAACGCCUAUGGCUGGCCUGUCGUGAAGCAUCUCGUCGAUACGCAUUUCGCAAACACCGCUGCCGCUCAGACGGCAGAUGAGUUUGAAAGUGGCGCUGAACGCGCUUUGCCAACUAGCUACCCAGUCUCAGAAUCUGGAAAGGAGGUCAUUGGCCAAUUCGAUGCCCCUGGUCAAGCAUCAGCAAAGAAACCCGAAAACAAUAGCUGUGAACACACAUUAGAUUCAUCUGAGGAAAGUAACAAACCCCAGGAAAUGCCUUUACCUUCCUCAGCUACCACCAACCACACUGACUCCGCGGAUACCAACAACAAUCUCACCCUAAUCAACCCACAACCGCCGUCCAGCAGCGUGAGCCGAAUUUCCUCUUUCCACUCCAGGAUCUCGUAUCAGGAGUCCUCUAGAUGGACGGAUCGGUAUUUUGAAGACAAUGUCAACAGCCCUUAUGACUCCCAAGACGAAGGCUACUUUCGCUGUAGCGGUAUCCGCGUGACUCAUAUGACUGAGAGCCAUGUUGUGAGUGACGAACUGACGGAGUCUCCAACAAAGAUGUUGGGCGCUGCGACGCUUGAUGCCAAAAAUGAACCGAAAGAAGCUAAGGCUGAGACUGAGACUGAGACUGAGACUGAGGAGACUUUGGCUGGCUGCUCCUCUGGUGACUUUGGCGCGAAACGGGCGUCUGAGCAAGAUCAAUGA